UAGGUGCCCGGCGGUGGACGCUGCGUGGCCUCCGGUGUUCAGCUGCCGAUGACGUGAUGAUGCCUCAGAGGGUGAGGCUACAACUGGAAGCUGCUGCCCGGCACCCGACAAGUAUUAUAGGUUGCCAAGUAAGGAGAGAGCCCCCCGACUCCACUGAGCGAUACACACGGUGGAUCAACCAGCUAGCGGCGGACCAGCUUCUUACUCAGGUUUUUACCUCCAAUGGCCCAACUGUGAUCAUGCCCACCUGGUUCUGCUCUCGAGCAUGGUUUUCCCACGUGGGCCCAUUUGACGAGGGCGGACAGGGUGUGCCCGAGGACCUGCUGUUCUUCUACAACCACCUCAGAAAGGGCGGUGGGGUCGUCCGCGUGGACCAGAGCCUCCUCCUCUACCGCUACCACCCAAACGCUGCCACGCACUCUGUCCUCGAGUACGUAGGCCCCAAGGCUCCAGACACGGUUUGGGGGCCGGCGAGGUGCCAAGGUCGAGCAUGA